AUGGAGCGGUCAGGCAGCCACAUCUUUCAGCUAACUGGACCAGGAGCUGACCGUGAUCCCAGAGGUCUCUUCACUAUUGACAUUCACACAGGAGACGUGUCAGUCAGCCGCUCACUGGACCGAGAGGCCAUCGACUCCUACCAGUUGGAGGUUUCAACCACAGACUUUGCUGGGAACUUGGUGGAGGGGCCGACCAUCCUUGUGAUCACCGUCAUUGACCAGAAUGACAACCGGCCCAUCUUCAAAGAGACGCGCUACACAGGAGAAGUGCUCGAGGGCUCCCCCACAGAUUGGCACACAGAGGUGGUGCUGAUGAUGAAAUUAGUAGAAAUGGGAGGCCUCCGCCUGAGCUGUCCUGCUGUUCACCUGCAGCUGUGCUUCACUCAGAGUCCUCUAACCUUUUAG